AUGCACUCUUCUGAAGUGAUAAUGGUUUCAGAAGAGGCGGUUGUUUCAAGCAUCGGAAAAUGCACUACGAUAAAGUUGACUCAUCCCAGAUCAAAACAACCGGUUCUCUUCAUAUGGAACAAGAAAAUGGGCAAGCUGUACGAGUUACAGCGUGUCCACGAGCUUCACAGAUCAUGGUUACUCGGAUCUCACGUUAAAUCAGAUGGCAGUUUGUACCUCUGCACUCCAUGUGACCCUCUGUUCUUCUUGCUCUUUGCGGCCAGUGGUAAUCAACAGUUUACCACUUUAACUGCCCUGUUCUCAGAAGAUACCAAUCUAGCUACCAUCUUAUCGGCUCGGCCUGAUGUAGAGGAUCGUUUAUCUCUCAUUUGUGAUGUCAAAACACUCGGCGACCAAACUCUGUACCGUUACAGCAAGGAUAAGGCAUUGAAUUGGCUUUCCACACGUGUUUCCCAUCAGGUAAGAUCGGUUGCCUCCUCCAUCACUCCGUCAAUGACAGACGCAGCCGCACCGGAUUAUGCUGCGGAUUCGAAGCAGGCUGAGGCGCUAAUGAUCAAUCAGCUAACCGACGACGAAUGCCAACGAUUCGCUUUCCAACUCAUUUCCGACUAUCUGGACCCGGAAUUGGCCUCAGAGUUGGCUGAGCGCAUGGGUAUUUCGACGCACCCUGUUAACGGGGACUCAAAGUCCAACUUGGAAAACUUGAAUCCACUUUCAUCCACUGGCAAAUCAGAUUCCGCUCAGCCUACCGAAGACUAUUCCAACUCUUUGAGCAAGUUUGGCUCAUCCAAGGGUGCUGAAUCUCAAGGACCCAAAAAGCGGAAGACCAUCAAAGGCGUACAAUCUAUUACGAACUUCUUUUGUAAAGGCUCUGCCUAA